GAUCACCUGACAUUCUUUUUUCUUACAAUAAUAAUACAAAAUCAGUAAAUGAGUUGACUUUUGUUAAAAAAUAACCCCGACUUCUACCUAAGCGACAUGUUGUCUCGGCUUCUGAAGGAGCACCAAGCGAAGCAAAAUGAGCGGAAGGAACUGCAAGAGAAACGCAGACGUGAAGCGAUCACUGCUGCCACAUGUCUAACUGAAGCCCUGGUAGAUCACCUGAACGUAGGCGUUGCUCAGGCGUACGUAAACCAACGCAAACUAGACCAUGAGGUUAAGACACUCCAAGUUCAGGCGAGCCAGUUCUCCAAGCAAACUGCUCAGUGGAUCAGCAUGGUGGAGGGAUUCAAUCAGGCAUUAAAGGAGAUUGGAGAUGUUGAGAACUGGGCCCGCAGCAUCGAGAUGGACAUGAGGACAAUCGCCACCGCCCUGGAGUAUGUACACAAGGGGCAGCCCCAGUCUACCUGCUCGUAAACAUCAUAGCGUGCUUCUACAGCACAUUUACAACGGAAUGUAUACGUACGUGUAAUAUAGGCUGGGCUUAGACGCACCCGUCCGAGUGGACUGAAGUGGACUUUUCUCAGACAAAUAUCAUUUGUCUGUCGCAUCUGAUGAUGUAGUUCAGACACGUUUGCCUGGUGUUGUUUCAUUUUUGAUCACCAGAGUUGGAAGGAGGGUGCAAAGUGAUGCCGAAGAUCCAUCAUAAAUGCGUUUUAUGAGGUUAUUUCUGUGUUCUGUUUAGGUUAUGUUUUGGGAGGGGUAUAUAUUAAAAAAUAUUUAAUGGACAGAAAGUUUGACCGCUCACAAUAAAACACAUUGUGAAUUAUUUUUAAAGUAUCUCUUAAACUAAAAGAGCAUAUUUGCUUUUGCAUCUCCUGUAUCCUGUAUGCACAUCCACUGACAGAGGGAUGCAUUGUUUCAUUUGUUGCCAAUGUACAUUUUUGAAAUAAAGUUUGAUAAAAAUUAAUUUUGUUUCUUAUUGAACAAGUUAAGAUAAGUAGACGGUUAUAAUAAAUAACAAUGGAACAAUAAGAGCUUGAGUCGUAUUUUUCUUUAUUCUUUCUAACAAUAACUACAGCGUGGUGGAAAGCUGUAAG